AUGACUAUUACAAGCAAAAUCUUUCAACCUCUCAAAGUUGGUGCUACCCAAUUAUCGCAUCGCGUGGUGCUUGCACCAUUGACACGUUUGCGAAACGAUGAUAACCAUGUGCCUACUGAGAUGAUGGCCAAAAUGUAUCAAGAUCGAGCCACUCCUGGUGGUUUAUUGAUUACAGAAGCUAUCCAUCUUUCCAAGCAAGGUACCUAUCCACGAGCUCCCGAGAUUGAUACACAAGCACAGAUCGAAGGUUGGAAGCGUGUGGUGAAAGGUGUCCAUGACAAGGGUGGUAUUUUCUUCGCUCAGAUCUGGCAUAGUGGUAGAAGCACCAAUGCUAUAUUUCGCCCUGAUGGAUCCAAGCCAAUUGCUCCUUCUCCUAUUGCUAUCAAUGGUCUCAAUUCGGCAGGUCUUCAAGGCGAGGUUCCAGAGGAAAUGACCAUCGAUCAGAUCAAGGCUGUGUCUCAGCAAUUUGUGCAAAGCGCCAAGAACUCCAUGGCUGCUGGAUUUGACGGGGUUGAACUCCAUGGCGCUAAUGGAUACUUGAUUGAUAGCUUUAUCAACACAUCCAGCAAUAAGCGCACCGAUGAAUAUGGUGGUUCUAUCGAAAACCGAUGCCGCUUUGUACUUGACCUUGUGGACCAAGUCGUCGAUGCUAUUGGUGAAGAACGUGUUGCCGUGCGCUUUAGUCCUUGGUCCGAAUAUCAGGAUAUGGAAGAUGAGACACCUUACGAAACUUGGGGCUACAUUGUUAAACAGCUCCAAAAGAAUCAUCCCAACUUGGCCUAUUUGCAUUUCAUCGAACACCGUGAACGACCCGAUCCUGAAGAUCCCAACGUGAUCUUGUUCAACUCGCUUGAUCCUAUCCGUAAGCUAUGGAAGGGUCCAUUUAUGUCAUCCGGCUAUACCAACAAGGAAAAAGAAGCCAUUGCAUUGUCGGAUCGUACAGGCGACAUGGUAUCAUUUGGACGUGCAUUUAUUGCUAAUCCAGAUCUUGUCGAUCGUCUCAAGAACGAAUGGCCUCUCAACAAGUAUGAUCGCGACACAUUCUAUGGUGGCGAUGAUCGUGGAUACAAUGAUUACCCUUUUUAUGAUCCCAAGAAUCCUCCUCAAUAG